UUAUCGUAGAAAUUACAAUAAUUUUAGUUUUUCAAAUUUCCCGGAAAAACAGCGGAUUUUGACAGGAAUUUAGGACUUUGACCCUUGCUGAAAGCACACGCAAUCUCGCCGCAAUGGACGAUUACGUGCAAGAGAUGCUGAUACGAUGGAAUUUGCCGGAUUUAAUUACACGCUUUCGUGAGGAACAGGUGAACAAACUGGCGUUUCAGUACUUGAACGAGGAGAUGAUCAAAGAACUUGUGCCAAAAGUGGGACGACGGGCGAUUUUUCGUCACAAAUACAUCGAAUUUAAGCGAAAGGAGAACAAGUUGUUUUCAUUGGAAACGACAGAAAGGACAACUUCUUCAUCGGCAUCGGAGGCAAAUAACACAACUGACGUCUUUGUUCGAGUCAUUGACGAGAACGAUUUAGUGCGACAACAAGGUCAAUUUUCAACAAAUGACGGCAGCACCCCAAAACGCAUCAAGUACGAUCAUGUCGAUUUGUUGCAAAUUCUCAAUGAUGGCGAGCUCAAGGACGACACAACCGAAGAAGUUGUUUACGAAUUCGAAGGAGGUUCAAGUGACGAGUCAAAUUUACUCCUUACCACAACUCAAGGCACGCCAGAAUUGAAAUUAAAGAGUUCCGAACCAUCAUCGCCGGCAACCACAACAAUUCAGUUCACCGAAAAGCUCUCAGAAUCCGAACAAACGAAGCCAGCGAAGGAUUUGCGAGCCGUACUGCAAGAAUCGGUCAUCGGUCGUUCGAUGUUAGAGAAGAAAACUCUAACUUCCUCGAACCGGAAUCAAAUAAGUGAUAUAAUUGUGCAACAUUUGAUGAACAAAAGUAGCGAUUAUCGCAUCCGGACCGUAGAAUUCCUCUAUUGGGCGAAUGCGAUCAAGCUGGUGUUCCCCUAUGAAGUUGCCGAGACGUAUUAUCAACCUUACAAGAGAGAUGCGAAUACCUGUGCACGCGGAAAAUUGUUUGACAAGUACCAUCAUGUGCGACGAGCAUUCCUGCCACGCUCAAAGCGACCCGGUUUAAAGCCAUUAAAUAAUUCCGCGAGCAGCGAAGUGACAUCUGGCACGACAACGACUGUGAUUAAGGGCUCGAAGGACAUUGUGACGCUGAAAACGACGAAAAAUGUCGCCGAAUUCAAGGAAUUGUGGACAAAGACGUUCGAUGAGCGACAGGAAAUCUUGGGAAAACUCAGUAUCAUCGAUUAUUUUGACACUUUUUCGGUUUUAAAAACAUAUAACGGUAUUAAUUUGCUCAAACAAGAUUUCGAUAAAAAUUAUGCGAAAUCAAAGGAAGCGUUAACUACAAAGUGGCCAGCGAUCGCUAAAAAAAUUUUGACAUUCGCAAAACCGAAGAUGCAGGAUAUUAUUGAGCAGUUACAGGAUGACGACAUGGAUAUUGAGAACAGUGACGAUCACUAUUUACACUAUUCCUUCAUCCUCCUCUUCUACAUAAUGCCAGCAAAGAAGGUUAUCAAAGUGAAUAACUGGAUUCCAUCAAAACUCGAAAUGGUUCAAAGCUGUUUCUUGUAUGCCAAGACAUUCGGAGAGCUGCAAACGAAGAUGACGGAUCGAAAAGCGAAGCUCAAUAAAUUAUCCCUGCCAAUUUUGCCGCUAAUUGGUGCCAUUGGCGAUAGUUUUGGCGAUUUGCAGCGAAAUUUUGUCAUUAUCAAUAACAUUUUCUACGAAUUUCCGUCCCUAAUUGAUGCUGUUGAUGCGUGUUUCAAAAUUUUCAUCGCUCUGAAGGCCGAAUAUCCGCCGGAAGGACACAAUUUUUGGGCUUUUAUACAAAAAUUCGUGUAUCAAAUCGGAAAUAAGAGCACGAUGGCCAUUAAUUGCUUGUGGAGUGACUUAGAAGCGUUGGAAUUGACAGAAAAGGAGAACAAUAACGAAAAUGUAUCGACGACAGACGAAGCGGAGAAUCAAGAAUGAACCCUUGUACUUCAGAAUAUAUCAUAAAAAUGCUUAUUUAGGCUUAAA